GUAGGUAUUAGUGGGACGCUGGUGAAGUUGGGCACUGUCUCGACUUUCUUGCUCUGUUUCGAGCUGCCUAUACGAUCUUUUCUUUCUCCGAUAUCUAUCAGUUGCUUUGGGAACAGUUCGGUAUAGAAUAUUUGCAGGUUCCGCCUAGCACAGUUCCCUUCAGCCUCCAUUUCGUUACGUCGCAACACGGAUUCGCAGUAUCCGGAAGGCGCCAAUCAUUACACAAUGUCGUUGCUAAAAACACAAUAUCACGAUGACUCUGACGCGGAUGAUGAAUAUGAGCGCAGUGUUCUCGCAUCCCCGCGACUACCUACCGAUUCGGAGAUUUCUCCCACUGAUUCGGAAUCAUUGUCCACGGAACACACGCCUACAACAUAUGGCAAUGUGGGAGAAGAACAUGGCCUGCCACGAACUAUCAUUACUGAGUGGACUGCGGAGGAAUGCGCGGACUUUGUGGGAGGUCUCGGCCUGCGCCAAUAUCGCGCGUCUUUCAUAGAGAAUGAGAUUGUCGGCGAAGCACUCAUAGCUCUGAAGCAUGAAGAAUUGAAAGAGAUGGGUAUCACCAGCGCAGGGCACAGAUUAACUAUCCUGAAAAACGUCUAUGAAACGAAAGUGAAGCAAGACAUUCCUAUCGACCCCGAUCAUUACGUUGCACCUUCGGCCGAUCACAAUUUACACGAACCGGCUACUCAUGGCGAUAUAUCCCGGAUUCAGCAAGUGAUACGUACACGAGAUGAGAGAAUCCUGACUCUCGAGGUUGACCUCCGAAGAGUCACCGAAGACUAUCGCCGAUUACGAGAAGAGCUUCUACCUAUUUUUAAGAUGGCCAAAGAUCGAUCCCAACCUCUACCAUACCAACCUGCUAUCCCAGCUGGUCCUACAUCGAGCCCUGAAAUAUAUCACGAUCCACUUGCCACAGUUUCACCCAAUCUCCGCGCCGAACCUCCAGCAUUGGCCCGACAACAUUCUCGUCGAAUGCACAACGGGGGCACAACACCGAAAAGCAACAACUCUCCUACUCAUAUUCCGUCAUCUAUUCACCAUGAUGGCCGUCUUUAUAGUGACGGUGCCAGUCUCGAUCCCUCUGCCGCAGCUAUAGCAGCAUCUUCGCAUCUUACGACAUCUAUGACUGGAGGCGCACAGUCGUCUCCUGGAAUUCCCUCACCGACAUCUCCUGGUCAAUUGACACAACAGACUUUAGGACCUCGUUCAUAUGUGAGAGAUGGAAGGAAUACAGUAGCCUCAACGGUUCGUCCUGGAUACGAACAUGAAGAGGCUGCGCACCCCAACCCAACACCCACUCCAACCCCUAGUUCUGCUUCAAGAAACGAAUCGAGGAACACAGAUUCAGCAGCACCAAGUGUGGAGAUAUUCAAAUCCUUCAGGGUGUCAAUGGACGACCCGUGCCAUAAGGUUCUACCCGCCGCAUUGAAGAAGUAUAAUAUAAAUGCGGAUUGGCGGCAAUAUGCCCUUUACAUUGUUUAUGGUGAUCAAGAAAGAUGUCUGGCAUUAGACGAGAAACCCUUGAUUCUGUUCAAGCAACUUGACAAGGAGGGACGAAAACCAAUGUUUAUGCUCCGCAAGUCCGCACCAGUUGAAGGUGCGGCAUCUUCAUAUCCAGCUCCUACCAAUUCAGCCCCGAAUAGUGCUGGAUUCGAUAUUAACAGACCAGUACCUGGUGGAGUUCUAUAACCGGUGUCGUCCUAGAUAUAAUUGUACAUCUGCUCAUAAUCUUCUUUUCCUCACGUCAUUUAUCUUUGCCUUCUAUCAUUACUCGGUGGUCAUCAUCUAGGUACAGCCUAACGGGAGUAUUUCUGUUCUUCCCUAUUCUAUCCUUGUUUCUCACUUUGUUUUAUUGGGAGCAUUGGCACGUGUGUUUGAAAUGGUGUUAUCACUUUGGACAGGGUCUCUUUUGU